UCCUGGUUGGACAGAUAUCAAAAGUGUCGACAUUGUCAUCCGAUUUUCACGGAUUAUUUGUUGAAAAUGAACAGUUUUCUACUUUAAAAAUGGCUUCUGAUGUUAGAGAUAUUCUUCGCAUGUCCAAAAUUAGACAAAACUGUUUACCUUUCAGAAUACGAGCACAUUUACAUGGUUUAUUGACGGUUUUCAUUUUGACAGUGCAUUUGGUCACCAUUAAUUCAGAUACAUUGACAGUCUGUGACGCCAACACCAUCAACAAAACUGCUCCAUGUUGUCUUUGUUUGUACAAUGAAAGUUCCACUGAAUGUAACAAAACGUGUCCAAGUGGGUUUUUCAUAGCUAAGGGAACUGCGCAUUUAUGCCUUGAAAAAAAUGAUACAAAUGUUACCUUAACACCACCACCAUCUAACUCAUCAGCAAUAAAUGAGGUUCCUCAGGAGCAAACACAUGUGUACUGUAUUCCAGAUUGUCACGAUAGCCAGUUUUAUGUCAAUGAAAGUUCUGUAUGCAAAGAUUGUGAUAAAAAGUGCUUAACGUGCGCAGUGGAAAGUUCAAAUUGUACAUCAUGUAAGUUUGAAUUCAAUAAAACCUGCUACACUGAAUGUCCCAUUGAUACUAAAGUGUGUGAAAAUAAAACUGAAGGGACAAAUGUUUGUAAAACUUACUGUGUGAAGCAAAAUGAUGCUAGUAAAACAGCUAUUAUAGCAGCUGCAGUUGGAGGUGUAGCUGGUGUUGUUGUAAUCAUCAUCAUUGUAGUUGUUGCUGUGUGUUUAUGCAGAAGACGUCAGGCAAUGUGUUUUGGUCAGACAGAGCAGACCCUCCGUGGGAAAUCUGGGAAAAAGCGUACAGCGAUGAGCGGAAUUUUAGAGAACAAGAACACAAACGGCUCUGGAACAACAACACAGGCAACACAAAAACCCUCGAGCUACGAGAACACGUCUCAGACACUGCCGCGUGUAGAACAGAUACAGCAGCAACAUGACGCCGUUACACGAUAUACGAAGGACCCUACUUUUGUUAUUGAUGAUCCAGCGAUAACACAAGAGAGCCCCCCAGAUGUCCCAGACGACCUAUAUGCCAACAAGGAGGCCAUCGUUAGGACCAGGUGGGAGGAGGAAGAUCAGAAAACUCUCGCUGUGCUGGGAACCGCACCUCCACCCCCACAGGUCAAGGCGCCAGCAAAUAAACUUCAGAAAGGGAAGAAAAAGCCAGUUCCAGAUGGUCCUGUGGAUGACUACAUCGACAUGUCAGGGACAGAAGGCAAGGAAGAAGCUGAAGAAGGACAAGAGGAGACAACUGAUGUAGACUUUGGUACGGUCGAAGAACCAUAUGAAAAUUAUCAGGUUGGAAAGUCAACUGAAAAACUGUAUGAGAAUUGGAAACAAGACAGUGGAACCAAAGCGAAGAAAUCUGGAGCUUCUAAGGGAUGUAAAUCAGUAAUUGGCACAAAGGGAGGUAAAAAACUGCCAAUUGGAACAAAGGGAAGUAAGCCUCAAAAAAGUUCAAAGGGAACUAAUUUGGAAGUUGAAAAGAAGGGAGAUAAGCCAAAAGUUGUUCCUAAGCCUAAGGUAGUUGAUUCAGAAAGUGGAAGUAAGAAAGGUAAUAUGGAAGUUGAAAAUAAGGGAGAUAAGCCAGAAGUUGUUCCUAAGCCUAAGGCAGUUAAUUCAGAAAUUGGAAGUAAGGGAGGUAAUAUGGAAGUUGAAACGAAGGGAGAUAAAUCAGGGAGCACUGAGAGUGAUGAAGAAGCCCUUGAUGAUUAUGAGAACACUAAAGAAAUGAAGAAAGUUACCAAAGACUAUGUGAAUGCUACUGCUUUCAAGAAAACCAAACCGAAGAAAGCGUAGCAUCUUUUAUAACAUUACACCACACCAAUUUGAUAUUUCUUUUGACGGAUGUACCACAACAAUUUUUCAGAAAAUGCAAACAAAUACACAAUCAUCUUAAUAUAAUUAUUACAUCGCUGACAAUUCUAGGAAGACUUAAAGUGGAAUAUUAAAUGAAUACUCUGUGAUUAAAAUUACACUUAGAAGGGAGAUGAUGUUAAAAUUAUUAAGGAUUAUAAUUCAUAAUAUUGUAUGAAAAAAAAAAUUGUCUUCCCUGUUUCUGUUUUUAAAUGAAAUUGGAAACUUGUAUUUUUAUUUAUUAUUAUUAUUAUCAAAUUAUUAUUACAAUAAUUAUUUUUAUUGUUAUAAAGAUUUACACUGAUGUUUACAAACAUUAACCAAAAGAAAGCAUUGUGAUAAAUAUCCAUCAUUCCUUAACAGUUAUUUUAAAGAUAAUAAGAUGCAUGAUAAAAUUAAAAUUGUUUUGGUGUAAUCGUUUAAUAAUAUUGAAUGCCACAAUGUAUAAUUGUAAUGAUUAUAUGUACAUUUAUGUUAUUGAUGUAUUUGUUAUGAACAAUAGCUUAAGGUUUCUUGAUUUUUUUAUGAUGGAGAUAAGUGCCUUACAAAAAUAGUGCUCAAUUAAAAUGAGAAAUGCAGAAGAAAAAAAAGAUUUUUUAUAAGACAGGUCUUUUGAAAGCUGUUUAGUUUCAUUUAAAAUUUCAAGUGCAUGAACAGUAAACCAAUUUGUGUAUUUUCUUACUAAAUCAUUGAAAUGGGUAAUUAAGCAAUGAUAAAUAAUAUUAAAAAAACUGGCGAAAAAUUAUGGCCUCCAAACUGAGGCUAAAGAAAAAACAUGGGAACUUUCAUGAGUUUGUCGGAUAUGCCAAGAAAAAUAAUGAUCAAUUGUCGACUAAUGUGAUUCAAAUUUCUAUACUGUAUGCAAAUGAGAUUAGUACUUCAAGAUUUUGACACAUUGAACAAUUGUGGCUUUAAAUUUAUAAAUGUGGUCCAAAACACUGCAUGAAUUACAAAAUGGAUCAAAAUAUCUAUACUCCUUCAAUCGACUGCACACAUCAAGGACUAUGAUUUGGUGCAUACUUUUACCUAUCACGUGGAACUAGCUACUGAACAGGCGGGUCUUAUUUACCUCAUAAAGCAUUUCUGCAUGAACAUAUAACAUUGGUUUCAGUUAAACCAGCUAUGUAAAUAGUAGCUUUAAAUAAUGCUUGCCAGGAUGGUGUAGUAAAAAGGAAACUCUUGGAACAGUUGAAACUGUACAAAUUUACUGUCACUUUUGUGCAAAAUGGCAUUGCGAUGUUACUUUAAUUCUGACCUGCAAGCAAGUUCUUUUUUGCAUACUGUAGAAUUGUAGAAGCUGUUGUAAUUGUUCACAACUAUUUAUUUUGUAAGGCAACAUUUAUGCUGGAUAAUACAAUUUUGUAGCAGUAGAUUGUCUGAAAGAACUGAUUUAUGUAGAUUUAGUCAUUUUUGUGAUAUUUUUAGCUUGUCUGUGUUUCAUAGGGUGUCACCUUAAGCGUUGUUGUGCAUUGGCCAUUGGCCAUUACUCAAAAACCAUUCAAGAUAUUUAGAUGAAACUUGGUACAUAAUUUAUGCUAACAAAGACAAUAUCUAGUAACUGGCUGUUAUAAUGUUGAGUUACGCCCAACCUGGGAACCCCUGUUUGCUAGUCUGAGGCACUUUACCAACUGAACUAAACCAUGACUGGAUUAAACUCACAUUUUUAUGACCUCUUAUGCUAGACUGUGCUUUGGCCUUCAUCCCCUGUGCACAAGAAUUCAUCUACAAAUCCCAAAAUCAGACCAUUUAUAACCAUUGUAGGCAAGUCAGGCUCUCUACCAACUGAGCUUACCAUGACUGGAUAACUCACACACUCUUAAACCAUUGCCAGUCAGUGCCAUAAUCGUUGUCCAUUCUGUGCUAGAAUUCAUCCUCAAAUUACCAAUCAGACCAUUUAUAACCAUUGUAGGCAAGUCAGGCUCCAACUGAGCUUACCAUGACUGGAUAAUUUACAAUAAUCUUUGACCUGUGCUAGGCAGUGCCAUAACCGUUGUCCGCUCUGCGCUAGAAUUCAUCCCCAAAUUACAAAACCAGCUAUUUAUAACCAUUAUAGGCAAGUUAGGCACUCUACCAACAAAGCUUACCAUGACUGGAUAAUUUACAAUACUCUUUAACCUGUGGAAGGCACUCACUGAUUGCCAUGGCCGUUGUCUGCUCUGUGUUAGAAUUCAUUCACAAAUUACCAAACCAAACAAUUUAUAACCAUUGUAGGCCUCCACAAUCUUGCCACAGUACAACUCUUAAAAACUAAGUGGUACUACUCACAGUCACAUGUUGGAUGCAAAUUGCCCUUUGAAUUGUGUAAAUAGUGACACUUUUAAAAACAACAAUAUUUAAGUGCUAAAUUGAGACUUAUAUUAUUGCUUAUAUUAGAUUAGUGAGUUUUGAUACUAUAUUUAUGAUUUUAUUUUAGUGUUUUUGUACUUAUGAAUGGGGUCAAGUUUUGACCCCACUUUAGUCAAAGAAAAAUACUGCUGUUGGUAAAAUUGUACAUAAUGAAGGUAAUAAUCAACAUUAUAUGUUUAAUAUUUCAUUUUAUAUUGAAGCUUCGCAUAAUUGUUUAAUCAAGAAGUAAAGAUGGUUUUUUGUUUGACUGAUUGAACAUACAUUUACUUUGAUGAGUAAUUCCCUAUAGGACAAUCACUAUUAGGAUUAGUUGCUCUUUUUUUCUUUUUCUUUUAAUGAAAGUCCAGGGGUGGUAUUCAUAAAACAUCUUAAGCCAUUUCUUAAAUAAAUUUCCUAACAAAUUUGAAGCCAUAUUAAACAAAAUAUAGAAAUGUUUUUAACAUACAAGGUUUUAUAUGUAUUAAAAUCAAUGUCAAUUUAGUAUUUCAGACAGUAUUAGGUUAUUAUAUAAUGUGACAAACAUGAUAUUUAACUUAAAAAACCGACUUAGGUUAGGAAAUGACUGAAGAUGUUUUGUGAUACUGGCCAAUGUCUUGAUAGCCUUAGUAUACCUGUUGGAAUCAGUUGAGUCAUUGAUGUUGUUGUUGUUGUUGUUGUUGUUGUUGUUGUUGUGUAUAAAACCUUAAUGAUUACCAUAUCUCAAAAACCGUUAAAGUGAUUCUCGUAUUUAAAAUCAAUACAUACACAUGUAUAACAAACAUAAAUAUUGAGCAAUAAUCCUUUAACUACUUAGUAAAUAAUGCAGUGAUGGAAAAUUUUAAUUACUGAUAACAAGAUUGUAACUGUGUUAUUAAUAGCUGAAAAUGCACUGAUAUUAAAUGACUGGUGAGUCCUAAAAGAUUUACAGUGAUUAAAUAUUGUCUCAUAAGGUAGAGACACCAGGUUUUUUCAAAUAAUGCACAGUAGCCUUCAUGAGAACCAUUGUUUUCGAUAUGUAUUCAUCCUUUUCAGUAAAUUAAAAUAAUAGUUUUAAUUGUGGUACUGCUCAUUUGGGAGUGAGAAUUCAUCUUUAAACCUAUCAAAAUAGCAUGAUCAUGUCAGAGAUAAUACACAUAUAUAUGGUACAGCUUUUAUAACUUUUGCCUUAAAAGUUGUUGAAUAAUACUUCUUGUUUGACUUGAAAAGUCAGAUGAGCGUGCUGGCAUUCGAUCUGCAGUGCUCUUGUUUAUGCAUAACUAUAGAUAUAAUCUUCUAAAAGGUGCUAUAUAUAUAUAUAUAUAUAUAUAUAUAUAUAUGUAAAAUUGCUCAAUAUCUGUUAAAAAAAUCUUACUAAAAAGUUUAGUGUCUAGCAGUUUAUUUUUAACAAAACUGACUCAUGCUUAUUUUUACAUUCCUAUUUUUGACUGUCAAGGUCAUUGCAGGCUUUGUAUACAUGUUAUUAUGAAAAUGUUAUCCUUACUUUUUCUGUCAUUUAAUUAAAACAAAAGAGUUCUCUGUGUGUAAGGUAUUGAAUACAAUGCUUGUUAUGUGAAACUUAAAUAGUAUUACUUUGCACAUAUUUUUUUUAUUAAGACAAUAAAUUUUAGAUGUAAAUUUCCAGGAAUUCAGUAGGACUUGCUAAAUGAAUAGAUAAAUAAAUACCAAUACCAAAGAUAUAUAGUAAAAACCAUCACAGUGUCUCUAAACUUAAUUAUUGCAGGCCUUUACCUUUUAUUUAUUACUUCAAUUUAUUACAGGGAGCAGCUGCUGUAGUAUUGCUAAUUUAACAUAUCGAGGGCCUACAUCACAAAACAUACUUUACUUAUAUAGAGCGCGAGAAAGACUUAACUCCUUUCAUAUAGCUGAGGGACAGACUUAAAACCUUCUAUAUAUAGAGAGAGAC